UUCAAAAUUAAAACUCUCUCUCUUUGGUUUUUCUGUGGGAUUCAGAUAAAUCAUGGAAGAUUAUAACUUGCAGCAGAAUAAUAACAAUCCAUGCAGCUUCCAGGAGAUUAUGGAGCUGUGUUCUGUUACUGUUACUUCGCCGAUUAACGUCGCCGCUCCCUUUUCCGUCUCCGACUCGGUUCCGGUGUGGCGGAGAUCCUUCGCAGCGGAAGAUGAUGAAGCAAGCAGCGGGGCGAAGGCGGAUGGGCAGCGGAGUAAUAAUGCCUUGCCUCCUUUUGGCAGGAUCGGCGCGGGAGGCUCCGGUGACGGUAAGGGGAACGCCACCGAUGGGGGGAAUUCCGACCAGAUCUUGCACGGUCGUAACGCAGACCCUAACAUGGAUCCGAGAAAGCUCAAACGAAUAAUGUCGAAUCGUGUCUCAGCUCAAAAAUCCAGACUGAAAAAGGUUCAAUAUGUAGCGGAUAUGGAAAGGAAGCUUAAGGCUUUGGAGGCACACAUAGCUGUUCUAUCUCCUCAAGUGGAACUGUACAGGAACCAGCAGCAUGUGUUGCAGAUGGAGCAAAAGAGGUUGAACCAGAAGAUAUUGAGUUGCUCAAGGAACAAGCUGUUGAGAGACGCUGAGAUUGAAGAGAACAGAGCUGAAGUGAACAGGCUGAGGGAACUCCACUUGAAGCAGCAAAAUGAAGCCACCGCCGGCUGGGAAACUGCUUUCCAACUGCACCAAUAUCCUGAUGAUCUCCAUCCAUCUCACUUCCACAACAUGGUCUCUCUCCAUCCCAACCAAGCAGACAACGGAGAGAGAACGGGGGGAGGAAAUGGGCCGGGCCGGUUCAACUUAGCAGCCCAUCAUAAAAUGGUCGAGUACAAAUGGAUGCCAACACCUGGGCUUCGUCAAGUUUCCGAGCCCACCUCAAACCAAUUGGGCCGACCAGGAAUGUAAAAGCCCAACUAAAGCCAGUUGACUGGUUACUGGUUGAAUAUGAGAAAUUGAAUUGAGAACUUUAAGGAGAAAAUUGUUAAAAUACAUUUAAAUAUACUUCAAAAUCUGUAACUAGAUUAACAAACUGGCAUGGUAUAUUUCCCAUUAAAAUUGUAACUA